ACACAUCAACAUCGUUUCAUUUUUAUGCUGUUUAAAACUGCGCAAGAAACACUGCCGGGCGAUAUUCAGACGUUCAUACGGAUCGCGGAACUCUUGUCUGUUUCGUCAGCUCCGGCGGAACAAAAACUCGGACGGACGGCUUCCGGUCUGCCGCUUUACAGCACGUGCAAUUGGGAAAACAUACACAGGUUCUUUUCAGACAUGCCUAAAGCACAGAAAGGGAAAGUAGUGGAGAAGAAGAAGGUGAUCCAUCCGUACAGCAGAAAGGCUGGAUACCUGGCAAGAGAAGCGGCCAAGCAGGAGAGGAAGGACAGGCAGAAAAAUGAAAAAGCUUUGAAGCUGGAUGUAAUAGGUAAAAAGCUGCUCUGGUUCCAAGACCAGCUGGACCCCAGUAAGGCAGAGUAUACAAAGCAAGAUGCUUGUGAGCUGAUUGAACGCUACUUGCAUCGUUUCGACUCUGAGCUGGAACAGAUUGAGUUGGCGAAUAGCAUUAAGGGCAGGAAGGGGAGACUACACGGCUCCAGGGAGAACGUCAUCAAACAGACGAUUGAACGAGAAAGGGCCCUCUACGAGGGCAGCGGUUUUGAAAUUCCCGAUAUUAUCAAUACAAAACAUCUCCGUACAUUCAGGGAAUGGACGGGUGAUCUGAAGAAAUUGCCGAAUAUUAAAAUGCGGAAAUUAUCUUCAGAAAGUUUAACAGGUACACAGAAGGACGCUGAGGAAAGCCUUCCAGAAGACAUGGAAGAGGACACUACUGGUGGUGGUUCAGAUGUAGAGUCUGAAGAAAGCAGCGUCUCCCCUGGGAAAGCUGCGGAAGACAAUAGCUAGCCAACUGUUUGGAUUGUCUUUGCCGGAGGCAGUCUGCAGAAACCCUUUAGAGAUUUAUAUCUAAUUCCACUUUACUGUUUGUAUUUGCUGUUACUAAAGAUAAAAAUACAUAACCCAAUUUCUAACGGAUUUCUAACAGAUCAUAGUUUUUCUUUCCUCAUGUGACUAAGGGGUUGUAUUUCUACGGUUAUAACGUCUCGAAAGCACACCUGUGAUUCUGCAUCUGUCCAGCAAGGUCCAGGUUUACAGUUGUGCAAUUUAUAGGGGACAAAUGUUUAUUCUUUUCAUGAUAAAUGCAACAUAGGGUGCUUUAAAAAGCACUCAGUAUUUGUGAUUGUAAUGUGCUCAUCAGAGCACAACAGUGAUAAAUACACUGGGUAUUGAGCCUAUACUUGGGUUCUUGUCAUUUUUUUUUUUUAAUAUCUCCUACUAAACGUGAGAAAUAUCCCUAGUAUGUUCACCGAGCCCCCCAGGCAUCUUCGCUGUUUUUUUCCAUUUGUCCGUGCUCUGUAUUGACCUUGUGUCGUCUUAAGACAGGUCAAUAGAAAUUCGUUAUUGUGAAGCUUUUUUACCUCAGUGAAAUUGACUUUUGGAGCGAUGGCCUCCAACAACGAUAAAAAACGUCUACAUCGAUGAAAUUCCUUGAUUUAGUAGCCUUACCUUUGUAUGGCUGUCCAAAUCCUGUACAUCAGUUUAUAGUAGGGCAAUAGGAAAUGCCAGCCAUAGGACAUUUUUAAAAUGGCCAAAGUCACUUUCACUGUGAAUAAAUGUAAUGAAUGGAACUUUAAUCCUACUGCAUGUGAUGUUUGAAAAUAUAUAUUUUAAUAUAAG